CAAAGAAUAACAGACAUCAACGAAAUAUAUCAUUCGGCACAUAAAAUUUAUUUUCGGUUGAUAUAUAAGGCUCUGGAGGUCUGUUUUGCAGACAGUUGCUCAAGUUGCAUCCACUGAAAAAGUUUUCCGGUGUUUUCAUUUGGAGAUUUCGUUCCGUCAUGUCUGCCGAUGAACUUCCUCCAGAACAACUCGCUGUCCUCCGCAAAGCCUUUGAGGCUUUCGACAACCAAAAAUCUGGAAGCAUUCCGUGCGACAUGGUAGCCGAUAUCCUACGUCUCAUGGGUCAACCUUUCGACAAGAAGAUCUUGGAAGAACUGAUUGAGGAAGUUGAUGCCGACAAAUCUGGACGCCUUGAAUUUGAAGAAUUCGUUACGCUGGCUGCCAAAUUCAUUGUUGAAGAAGAUGAUGAAGCAAUGCAGAAGGAACUGAAAGAAGCUUUCAGAUUAUACGACAAAGAAGGUAAUGGAUAUAUUCCCACCUCCUGUCUUCGUGAAAUCCUGAGGGAACUGGACGACCAACUCACAGAUAGAGAAUUAGACAUGAUGAUUGAAGAAAUCGACACUGAUGGUUCAGGAACAGUUGAUUUUGAUGAAUUCAUGGAGAUGAUGACAGGAGAAGUGUGAGCGCGACUUGUAGCCAUAAGAACUUUGUACCUAUACUCACUAAAUUAUGUUAAGAACUCAUAUAAUUUGUUUUUCAAUAGUUUAUUCAUAACUGUAAACAAGAAACAAUGUUACAAGAAAUAUAUUUAUUUUAGUUACAGACUAUUUGUAUAAUUUAAUAAAUAUACAUUUAAAAUU